AUGGAAGAUAAUUCGAAGCCUCCGACGCUGUACCUCAUGUCUACCGGCGACAAGGAAAGCAUGAUGAAUAGCAUUCUUGCUCAAAUGAAUCUGGUCCGUGAAUUCGACGCUCACGCUAAUCAGUAUCGAGCUCUGAGGAAUGCGUCUGUGGUGCUGGCAGGUGACCGUCUCAAUUUUGACAACAAGCUCAAACAAGCGCUGAAAGAAAAUGGAGACUUGAAAGCAAUAGAUUGGAAUUUGGAAGCAGAAGGCAACGCAUCUCAACACGACGUUGAAACAAUGGAGGAAACGAUUCAUUUCAUGUCGAAAAGGAUGGAUCUUCAAGAUGAGACAAUCAACGACUUGCAAUAUCAAUUGGCUGCUCAAAAACUGAAGGAAAAUAAACUGAUUGAAGACAACCUUCAGUUGAAUGAGAAUCUGAAAACUUCGGUUGCUCAAAACGCGACUCUCCAAGAAGAAGUUAUUGCUCUCCGAAAGAACGACAUGACAAGAGUACUACUCGAAAAAUUCAGGAGUUGA